ACGAAAAUGGAAUUAUAGACGAAGAACAAUUUCAACAAGACAGUAAACAAUUGAAAGUCGGAAUGUUGGCUUCAGUUGAAGAUAUAUUCAAAGAACUGGCUAAGAUUAAAGACAAAAGAAGCAAACUAAUUCUGAAAGAUUUAUUGAAAACCUGUACAAAUCUAUGGGGUAGUGGCAAAAUGAAAAAAGUCAUUAAACUAAACGAUUUAUUACCAACAUGCUAUGAUGUAAACAAAUAUUAUGGUUUUCAAGUCGACAAUGGUAAGUGUUCUUUAUUUAUUUUUUAUACAUAUUUGGUAGGUACUUAUAAUAAUGAUAUUUUUUAUGGAAAUGUUCCCUUAAAUGUUUGGAUUCUGAUUACAGAUAUAGUUUACUUUAAAUAUGUUUGUGAUUUUUUUGGAAGUUUAUACAUAUUUGAAUUAUAAGUGGUUAUGCAAAUGGUAUUGAUAAGUGCACCUGAUUGACAAACGAAUGGUGCAUGUAACGUUUACAAAUCACAGAUUCAUAAUUUUACUUUGUUAUGGUUAUAAAUAUUGUAAACCUGUUAUGAAUGUCUUUCUAAGCAAAAAAAUUUUUCGUUAUACCGUUUAACUACUGUCAGU